CCGGCCUCACCCUGAGAGCCCAACUUCACCGGGACUUCGGAGGACCGCACCCCCGACAACACACCGCCGGGACCCCCGUACGGACACGGACGAGCGCGAAAUCGCAGAGCGGAUUUUAAAACUUUUCUUCAGACCAUCAGAUACUCAGGAUUGAUCCGGUAAGUCGAAAAAAACACACUCCUAAACAACUGUACUACAAAGGGAAAACAUAUUGCUAAACAAUUAUACUAAAAAUAGACACGAAAACAGCAACAACUAACCUAGGCACAACUAAAACGCUUAGCACCAAAACUAAAUAGGUCUAAAAUAGCUCCAAUUGGCUACGGGGCACAACAUGGAAGUUGAUCGACUCCGUGGGGCCUUCCUUGAAUGAGGGUGUCUAGUGUUAAAAUGGCCGAAACAUCCGAUGAUUUCAAGGUCCACUACUGAGGACGUGUCCUGAAAUUUAAUGUCUAAAACCAGCGCUGGGUCAAUGUAAAAGUCUAUUUUAAAAAAAAUUUUUUUUAAAAAAACCAAAUAGGUCUUAAAAUAAUUCAAGAAUCACUUACCUAAACACAAUCUGGUCCUCUUGUCUUCUAUUUUGAGUGUCGAUUUAUCUGGGUGCAUGAAUAAAGGUCCAUAAAACCCGCACCUCCUUUUGGUUUACCUUAAUUUCUAUUCUAACAUAGCAUUUCAGUAUUUAACCAUUUACCAAACUCGUAUUUUCCACCUUUUGAUCACUGGGUCCAGUUUUUGACAGAUUUUAUUUCACCUUUUGUUUUUUUGCCACUCCAGUAUUCCCCACUUUCCAAUUUGAUAAACUUUGUACAUUCCACUGUUUAUCCCAGACCUUAUAAUUUAUUAAUUUUAUUGGGCAAUUUUACUUUUUAUUUUUAUUUUUUUAUUUUUCCUAUUAAUUUCCCCUACCUGUAUAUUGUAUCCCCAUUUUGAAAAAAUAAAAAUGUUUUGGAACAACUAUACACUAAAUUUUUAUUUUCUUCUGUUUUUCAUUCUAAUUUGCUUUUUAAUUCAAGUAGGUGCACUUAGACCGCCAUUUUUAUUAUUUUUUUAAUUCUUUUAUUCUUAAAAUUGUGAAUUAAAUAUAAUAAAUUUGGUUCCACUGCAAUCAAAGUUACAAUUUUUACUCAAUUUGACUGGAAUAUUAAUUCAAUGUUCGGUGUAACUUUAACAGUUCCUGCUUGUACUUUUUAACAAAAUAAACAACGUAGACACUGAUGACACAAUUUUAUAUAACAUUCCAAUUUAAACCCGUAGGCAAUAAAUUGGGGAGCUAACCUUACUUAUCUAACUCAAAAUUGCUUUAAUCAUGUAAUAUACCUGUAGAAUAGUCCGAUACCUAAACUACAAUUCCUAUCUAAUUGUUUAACCCUGAAAUAAUAAUUUACAGUUAUACCUAGCUCUUAGAUAAUUCAUAAAAAAAUCUCCAAUUAAUUUCAAACUUAUCCAUCUACAACAAUACAACCUUCUGAAAAGUCGAUACUCUGGACCAAUAAUUCUAUUAAUUAAUCAAAAAUUAAUAAAAUUAAAUUAAUAAAAUUAUUGAUAACAUUAACACUUAACUCUGCAGUAAUAUUUUCAAAUAAUUUAUAAAUAACACCUCUGAUUUAAUUUAAGUUAAUUUUAGGUCACAGCGUUAGGGAGAUUACCGGGGUCUUGAGCCUACACAGGCCUGAGUGGAACAGAAGGUUCUACAUGGGACCAUCCACUUGUGACUCUGAAUUAAAAAUUUAUUAAAAUAUAAUAAUUUAUAAAUAUACCCAGUUCAAUCCAAAAUAAUUUUAGGUCACAGCCUUGAGGGACCUUAUCAGGGUCUUUGGCCUAAACAGGCCUGAGUGGAACAGAAGGUCCUACACAGGACCAUCCACUUUUGACUCUAAAUUAAAAAAUUGUGAAAAAAUAAUAAUUUUUAAACAUACCCCAUUCAAUCUAAAAUUAUUGUAGAUCACAGCCUUGAGGAAGCCUAGCAGGGUCUUGGGCCUAGACAGGCCUGAGUGGAACAGAAGGUUCUACACGGGACCAUCCACUUUUGACUCUGAAUUAAAGAUUUAUUAAAAGGAAUAAUUUAGGAAUACUUCGAAUUAAAAAUUAUUUUAGUUCACAGCCUUGAGGGAGCUUAGCAGAGUCUUUGACCUAGACAGGUCUGAGUGGAACAGAAGGUUCUACACGGGACCAUCCACUUUUGACUCUGAAUUAAAAAAUUAUUUAAAAGAAUAAUUUAUAAAUAUUUCCAAUUCAAAAAAUUAUUUUAGGUCACAGCCUUAAGGGAAGCUUAGCAGGGUCUUUGGCCUAGACAGGCCUGAGUGGAACAGAAGGUUCUACACGGGACCAUCCACUUUUGACUCUGAAUUAAAAAUUUAUUUAAAAGAAUAAUUUAUAAAUAUUUCCAAUUCAAAAAUUAUUUUAGGUCACAGCCUUGAGGGAGCUUAGCAGAGUCUUUGACCUAGACAGGUCUGAGUGGAACAGAAGGUUCUACACGGGACCAUCCACUUUUGACUCUGAAAUAAAUAAAAAAAUAUAUUAAAAAGGAAUAAUUUUUAAAUAUACCCAAUUCAAUCUAAAAUUAUUUUAGGUCACAGUCUUGAGGGAGCUUAGCAGGGUCUUUGGCCUACACAGGCCUGAGUGGAACAGAAGGUUCUACACGGGACCAUCCACUUUUGACUCUGAAUUAAAAAUUUAUUAAAAAGGAAUAAUUGAUUAAUAUACCCAAUUCAAUCUAAAAAUUAUUUUAGGUCACAGCCUUGAGGAAGCUUAGCAGGGUCUCUGGCCUACACAGGCCUGAGUGGAACAGAAGGUUCUACACGGGACCAUCCACUUUUGACUCUGAAUAAAAAAUAUAUUAAAAAGGAAUAAUUUAUUAAUAUACCCAUUUCAAUCUAAAAUUAUUUUAGGUCACAGCCUUGAGGAAGCUUAGCAGGGUCUUUAGCCUACACAGGCCUGAGUGGAACAGAAGGUUCUAUACGGGACCAUCCACUUUUGACUCUGAAUUAAAAAAUUAAUUAAAAAUUUAUUAAAAGGAAUAACUUAUAAAUACUUCCAACUCAAAAUUAUUUUAGUCCACAACCUUGAGGAAUCUUAGCAGAGUCUUUGACCUAGACAGGUCUGAGUGGAAGAAGGUUCUAGACGGGACCAUCCACUUUUGACUCUGAAUUAAAAAUUAUUUAAAAAGAAUAAUUUAUAAAUAUCUCCAAUUCAAAAAUUAUUUUAGGUCACAGCCUUAAGGGAAGCUUAGCAGGGUCUUUGGCCUAGACAGGCCUGAGUGGAACAGAAGGUUCUACACGGGACCAUCCACUUUUGACUCUGAAUUAAAAUUUAUUAAAAAGUAAUAAUUUAGAUUUCCAAUUUAAUCAAAAAUAAUUUUAGGUCACAGCCUUGAGAGACCUUAGCAGGGUCUUUGGCCUACACAGGCCUGAGUGGAACAGAAGGUUCUACACGGGACCAUCCGCUUUUGACUCUGAAAUAAAAUUCAUCAAUAAGAAUUAGCAACUAACCUUAUAUAUUUUAUACUGCAUUUUCAGUACUUUUAACCAUAGCUUUGCUACCUUUAGCAGAGUCCAGAGUCUAGACAAUCUGAAGUGUCGUAUUCUUUGAAUUUUAAUUCUUUCAAAUAGCCAUGGUUAGCUCUCUUCAGGCACGAACCAUAAACAUCACCCUCACCCUAACCCUAACCUCUAGAACCUAAAUCCAACCCUAACCCUCUUAACCCUAAAUCUAACCCUAAACCCUAAAUCUAACCCUAACCCUAACCCUUACCCUAACCCUAACCUCUAAAUCCUAAAUCUAACCCUAACCCUUACCCUAACCCUAACCCUAACCCCUAAACCCUAAAUCUAACCCUUACCCUGACCCUAACCCUAACCCUAACCUCUAGACCCUAAAAUCUAACCCUAACCCUUACCCUAACCCUAACCCUAACCCUAACCCUUACCCUUACCCAAACCCUAACCCUAACCCCUAACCCCUAAACCCUAAAUCUAACCCCAACCCUAACCUUACUAACCUCUAUCUUAACUUAAUCACCCCACCCUCCUUGUUCGUAUCAGAGGAUGAAAAGCAACAGGUGAGGAGAGUUUCUCUGGCUAGUCACUGUGGCAAGUUCUAUUCUCUCUCUAUCACUCGAAUCCCUGUAGAAACAGAAUGGUUUUAAUCCAGACCACCUGUUUCCCUCUCCCCAUCCUCUGAGACUUUGUACUAACGCAUCCUAACCCUACUCUCUUAGGUAAAGUUCACCCUUUUCCCUCCCUACUAAUAUCACCUAGUCCUUCUCAAUAAACAAAAUUAUUACUUUUUUUAUUAUUAUUAUUAUUAGUAUAAUUAUUGUUAUUACCAUUACUAUUAUUAUUAUUAUUAUUAUUAUUAUUAUUGUUUUAACUGGUAACCAUACCAACUCUAACUCCUAACUGAACCUCAAAAAAUAAUUGCUCUACAAACACAUAGUCUAAAAGAUAGACAGCAUAGCAUACCAACUGAGCUGAGUAAUUAAACUUCCUACCCACACAUAGUUUUUUACACACAGAUUGAGCUCGGAGACUCGACUGGGAACAUGUGACAGGUCGACAUGCGACGGCCAGUGCAAGCCCUUGAUUAGCCUACCCCAAACCGCCAAGUCAACAGACGAAAGCGGGGGCUAUCACUGUAUCUCUUACCCACACCUAACCCUUACCCUUACCCUAACCCUAACCCUAACCCCUAACCCCUAAACCCUAAAUCUAACCCCAACCCUAACCUUACUAACCUCUAUCUUAACUUAAUCACCCCACCCUCCUUGUUCGUAUCAGAGGAUGAAAAGCAACAGGUGAGGAGAGUUUCUCUGGCUAGUCACUGUGGCAAGUUCUAUUCUCUCUCUAUCACUCGAAUCCCUGUAGAAACAGAAUGGUUUUAAUCCAGACCACCUGUUUCCCUCUCCCCAUCCUCUGAGACUUUGUACUAACGCAUCCUAACCCUACUCUCUUAGGUAAAGUUCACCCUUUUCCCUCCCUACUAAUAUCACCUAGUCCUUCUCAAUAAACAAAAUUAUUACUUUUUUUAUUAUUAUUAUUAUUAGUAUAAUUAUUGUUAUUACCAUUACUAUUAUUAUUAUUAUUAUUAUUAUUAUUAUUAUUAUUAUUAUUAUUAUUAUUGUUUUAACUGGUAACCAUACCAACUCUAACUCCUAACUGAACCUCAAAAAAUAAUUGCUCUACAAACACAUAGUCUAAAAGAUAGACAGCAUAGCAUACCAACUGAGCUGAGUAAUUAAACUUCCUACCCACACAUAGUUUUUUACACACAGAUUGAGCUCGGAGACUCGACUGGGAACAUGUGACAGGUCGACAUGCGACGGCCAGUGCAAGCCCUUGAUUAGCCUACCCCAAACCGCCAAGUCAACAGACGAAAGCGGGGGCUAUCACUGUAUCUCUUACCCACACCUAACCCUAACCCUAACCCCUAACCCUAACCCUAACCCUAACCCUAACCCUAACCCCUAACCCUAACCCUAACCCUAACCCUAACCCUAGCUCCAACCCUAACCCUAACCCUAGCUCCACAACUAACCCUAACCAUAGCUCCAGCCCUAACCCUAACCCCUUGCCCAAAGUCUCACCCUAACCCUAACCGUCGGACAUGUGCAGCACCACCUCUGGUCAAAAGCGGUAUGACACCCCUUUUUGCAAAGUCGCCCUCAAAUCACAGGAAAUGGCCUGAAACGUGCUCACAAUGCAUUUUCAACAGUUCCAGACAAGUACAACACUUGCAAACACUGACUUUGGCCUUUUUCCGCUCCCAUUCAUUUUCAAUGGGAAAUUUUCACUUCGCCAUAACUUUUGAUAGGAAUGUCCGAUCGCUGGUUCAUUACUAUUUCUAGAUUCAGCAUACCCGAAAAUGGGGGGGUAGACCAAAUCUCAGCCCGGUUCAUCGAUGGGAAAGGCAAUGAACCGCCAUGUCAAAAGUGGCACAUAUCCCUAUAUCCUGCCGCAAAGCUCCAACCCCCGAAAACUUCACCCACAAUCAGGUUCUAUGGACUCCCCGUGGCCUGAAACGUGCUCCUAACACAAUUCUGGAAGGUGAAAAAUUGGGUCCGCACUUAGGAAAAUCUUCAGAUUUUGGGAAAAUCUUCACAUUUUCCUAACCCUAACCCUAACCCUAGCUCCAACCCUAACCCUAACCCUAGCUCCAACCCUAACCCUAACCCUAGCUCCACAACUAACCCUAACCAUAGCUCCAGCCCUAACCCUAACCCCUUGCCCAAAGUCUCACCCUAACCCUAACCGUCGGACAUGUGCAGCACCACCUCUGGUCAAAAGCGGUAUGACACCCCUUUUUGCAAAGUCGCCCUCAAAUCACAGGAAAUGGCCUGAAACGUGCUCACAAUGCAUUUUCAACAGUUCCAGACAAGUACAACACUUGCAAACACUGACUUUGGCCUUUUUCCGCUCCCAUUCAUUUUCAAUGGGAAAUUUUCACUUCGCCAUAACUUUUGAUAGGAAUGUCCGAUCGCUGGUUCAUUACUAUUUCUAGAUUCAGCAUACCCGAAAAUGGGGGGGUAGACCAAAUCUCAGCCCGGUUCAUCGAUGGGAAAGGCAAUGAACCGCCAUGUCAAAAGUGGCACAUAUCCCUAUAUCCUAACCCUAACCCUAACCCUAACCCCCUAACCCCCUAACCCUAACCCUAACCCUAACCCUAACCCCUAACCCUAACCCUAACCCUAACCCUAACCCUAACCCUAACCCUAACCCUAACCCCUAACCCUAACCCUAACCCCUAACCCUAACCCUAACCCUAACCCUAACCCUAACCCUAACCCUAACCCUAACCCCUAACCCUAACCCUAACCCUAACCCCUAACCCUAACCCUAACCCUAACCCCCUAACCCUAACCCCUAACCCUAACCCCUAACCCUAACCCUAACCCUAACCCUAACCCUAACCCUAACCCUAACCCCUAACCCUAACCCUAACCCUAACCCUAACCCUAACCCUAACCCCUAACCCUAACCCCCUAACCCUAACCCCUAACACUAAACUCAUUAACCCUUGAAGGGAUGUUGAAGGGUUAAUGAGUUUAGUGACUAAUAAUUAGGGUUAGCGUUAGGGCUAGGGUUAGGGUUUAGGGUUUGGUUUUAGGGCUAGGGUUAGGGUUAGGGCUAGGGUUAGGGUUAGGGUUUAUGGUUUCGGGUAGGGCUGGGGUUAGGGUUAGGGGUUAGUGCUAGGGUUAGGGUUAGGGCUAGGGUUAGGGUUUUGGGUUAGGGUUAGGGUUUAGGGUUUCGGGUUAGGGCUGGGGUUAGGGUUAGGGGUUAGUGCUAGGGUUAGGGUUAGGGUUUGGGGUUAGGGUUAGGGGUUAGUUCCAGGGUUAGGGGUUAGGGUUAGGGUUUAGGGUUAGGGUUAGGGGGUUAGGGUUAGGGCUAGGGUUAGGGGUUCGUGCUAGGGUUAGUGUUACGGUUAGGGCUUCAGGGUUAGGGUUUGGCUAGGGUUUAGGUUUCGGGUUCGGGUUACAGUUGCGGGUUUGGGGUUAUGGUUUGGGGUUAGGGUAAGGGGUAAGGGGUUAGGUUUACAGUUAGCGUUUGGGUUAGGAUUAGGUUUAAGGUUAGGGUUAAGGUUACAGUUUAAAAAUUCUUAUUUCACUCCGAAAAAAAUCAAAAUAGUAUACUAAGACCAUAAUUUUACAUUUUACGAUGAAAAAAAAUCUGUUUUCAGGAUGAAAAAAAUGCCAUUGUAUUGUCUGAUCAAAAUGCAACAGUACAGGAUUUUAAAUAUGUCAUAUUUUGGCUGUAAAAAAGACAUUUUAUAUUUUGGCCCGAAAAAAACCACAUAGUAUACAUGACCACAAUUUCGGAUUUUAGGGUGAAAACAAAAUUUCUUUUUAAGGAUGUAUCUUAAAUCUUUUUCAUAUCUUAAAAAUGUCAUAUUGUAGCCAGAAUUCUUUUUUUCAUAUUUUAGCAGGGGGGAAAAAACGUCAUAGUAUACUAUGACCAAAAUGUCAGAUUUUGGAGUGAAAACAAAAUUCCAUUUUAAGGAUGAAAAAACAUCCCAUAGUGGGAUUUCAUCAAAAUGCCUGUUAUAGGUCCUUAAAAAUGUCAUAUUUUACCCUGAAAAAAAAUUCAUAUUUUAGUCUGAAAAAAAAAACGUCAUAGUAUACUAUGACCAAAAUUUCAGAUUUCGGAUUGAAAACAAAUUUCCUUUGUUAGGAUGUAUAAACAUGCCACAGUAUAGUCUGAUCAAAAUGUCAUAGUAUAGGAUGUUGAAAAUGACAUAUUUUAGCGGGAAAGAAAAAUUCAUAUUUUUGUCAGAAAAAAAAAAAAAUAGUAUACAUGACCAAAAUUUCAGAUUUUACAGUAAAAACUAAAUUCCAUUUUUUUGUAUGAAAAAAUCUGCCAUAGUAUAGUCUGAUCAAAAUGCAUUAGCAUAGAAUGUUAAAAAUGUCAAAUUUAAGCGGAGGGGGAAAAAAAAAAGAUAAAAUAAAUAAAAGUCAUAGUAUACUGUGACCUAAAUUUCAUAUUUUAGGUUGAAAAAAAAUUUCUGAUUUAAGCAUAGUACUGUCUGAUCAAAAUGCCAAAGUAUAGGAUCAUAAAAGUGUCAUAUUUUAGCCUGGAAAAAAAAAUCCCAUUUUACUCCAAUAAAAAACGACAUCAUACACUAUGAGGAAAUUUUCUGUUUUUAGGGUAAAAAAAUUUAGAUUUUACAAUGAAAAAACAUGCCAUAAUAUUGUCUGAUUAAAGUGCCAUAGUUCAGGAUGUUAAAAGUCUCAUAUCAUAAAUGGGCAAAAAAAGUUCAUAUUUUGGCCCGAAAAAAAAUAAAACGUCAUAGUAUACUAUGACCAAAAUUUCAGAUUUUAGGGUCAAAAUUUGUUCAGAUUUUAAGAUGAAAAAACAUGCCAUAGUAUAGUCUGAUCAUAAUGCCGUAGUACAGGAUGUUGAAAAUAUCAUAUAUUAGCUGUAAAAAAAAUUCAUAUUUUAGUCAAACAAAAAAAACGUCAUAGUAUACUAUGAUCAAAGUUUCUGAUUUCGGAGUGAAAACAAAAUUCCGUUUUUAUGAUGGAAAAAUAUGCCAUAGUACUGUCUGAUCAAAAUGUGAUGGUAAAGGAUGUUAAAAAUGUCAUAUGUUUACUGGAAAAAAAAUCACAUAGUAUACUAUGAUGAAAACGUCAUAUUUUAGGGUAAAAAAAUAUUCUUAUUUAAGAAUGAAAAAACAUGCCAAAGUAUAGUCUGAUUAAAAUGCCGUAGUAUAGGAUGUUAAAAAUGUCAUAUUUCAGAAGGAAAAAAAAAUCAUAUUUUAGUCCGAAAAAAAACAUCAUCAUAGUAUACUAUGAACAAAAUGUUACAUUUUUGAGUAAAAACAAAUUUCACAUUUUUGGAUGGAAAAACCUGCCACAGUAUUGUCUGAUCAAAAAUGCCAUCGUGCAGGAUGUUAAAAAUGUCAUAUAUUAGUCUGAAAAGAAAGUAUGAUGAAAAAUUGUCACAGUAUCAUUUCAUAAAAAUAUCACACUAUAGGAUCACCUUUUUGCAAUUUGGAAAUGACAAAUUUAGCCCAACCCUACUUCUGUUUGUUUUUGGGAUGAGGGAGGAAACCAGAGUACCCGACAGAAACUCACAGAAUCUUCAAAACUUCCCAGGAGAUUCUGUGAGCAGGUCUCCUCGAUCCUCGCCUUUGUCCCGACACACUUGCCGUUCACCGUGAACUCAAAAUAUCGAAGAAAAACAUGCUCACUUUUACCUGAGCGGUCACAGCUGUGGUGGUCAUGGCUGUCGUGGUUAUGGUUGUCAUGGUUACAGCUGUUGUGCCACAAUAACCGUGUGACUCAAACUUCACUGAUUUUCCUUUUUGAAGUGUGUGACUAAAGUUCGGUCACCUGCUCCUCAGCUGUUUAAAGAUCCUCCCUCAGGUGGGCUCAUGUAAACAAACAUCAUGUGACACCAUAUGGUGAUGCGUUUACAAACGUCUCGCCACGGUCGACCACUCGGAUAUCAGUUACUCCGCUGAAGCAUCUCCGACCAAGACUUCCUCCUUCUGCAUUUGACAUUUUUACAACCACGACACACCGGAUACUUGUUUUUCUCCAGGCUUCAGAUGUCUGGAUGUGAGCGUCGUAGACAAACCGUCUUUACCUGUUCACCUGUUCACCUGUUCGCCGUGACGGACGCGCUGUGAUGAACUUAUUUAAUGUUUCUGUUUUCAUACUUUGACUUUUCAUAAAACUCUCCUCAGUCACAGCAGCGAGUCCUGAUUAAACAUCAGCUACUGUAAGUCUGUGUGUGUGUGUGUGUGUGUGUAUGUGUGUGUGUGUGUGUGUGUGUGUGAGUGUGUGUGUGUGUGUGUGACAGAGAGGAGUCGUUACAACUAAAACAUUCUGAUUAUUAUAAUAAAUAUAAUAAAGGAAGUUUUUUGGAGAGUUGAACACGGUUAAAUAUUCUAAUUUCUAAUUUGGACAUUUUUGAUAAAAAACUUUAACAGCCAGAAAAAAAACAAUAAAUCAGGAAAUCUGUAAAAAAAAAAAAACAUUCAGCUGACGUUUGGUUUGUUAUAAUAUCGUUCUCGUUUGUGCCGUAAAUGAAGGUUCGAGGAGACUUUAGAUUAAGUCCACACUGACUCUGGAGGUGAGCGCUCGUACUCAGACUCUGUCAGAGAAACUUUCUCUUCAGUUCAUAUUAAAAACACGAUUUCUUUUUCUCUCAGUGAAAAUCUUUGAAAACAAACGAGUUUGUGUCAAAAAUGCCGUUUACUUUAGUCGACCGCUCUCUGAGUUUCUGAUGAAUCGACUCUGAAAAUGUUUUUAAAACGCAGCGAGGAGCUUCGUCUGAAAUCUGAUUACUGCAGCAAUAAAACUGGAGGUCUUCUUCUUCUUCUUCUUUGGUUACUGAGAGGUCAGACGGGGUCAACAGCCGGCUCCUGCAAGUUCAACCUGCAGGGUCAAAGGUCAAAGCGUAGACCUGUGUGUGUGUGUGUGUGUGUGUGUGUGUCUAUAUUAGGAGGAUGGAUGAAGCUCCUGAUCACUUCAACGACGCAGACCUUCAAACUGAACAUGGAGCUGCAGAGGUGAGCUGAUUUCACAUUUAUUGGUUAUUGAUUCAUGAUUGAUUAUUUGAUUAUUGAUCAAUAAUAUGAGAGUUGGACUUUUCUCUGUUCCAGCUGCUCUUUAAUAUUUCAGUUUAAUUUUACUCACAUUAGGCUGACGAAGGUUUUCUUCACCAGAGAGAAACUUUCAGUUUUUCUGUGUUUCUGGUUUUUCUUGAAGGGUUCAGAUCAGGGUUCGGGUUCGAGUGAGGAUAAGGGUUCUGGUUUAGGGUUCGGGUUCGAGUGAGGAUAAGGGUUCUGGUUUAGGGUUCGGGUUUGAGUGAGGAUAAGGGUUUGGGUUUAAGAUUCGGGUUCGAGUGAGGAUAAGGGUUCGGGUUUAAGGUUCGGGUUCGAGUGAGGAUAAGGGUUCGGGUUUAAGGUUCGAGUGAGGAUAAGGGUUCGGGUUCGGGUUUAGGCUGAAGGAACGUUUGGAAACAUCUAAAUUAAAACUUUUAAAUUAAAGCAUAAAAAUAAAAAAGUUUCAGAUUUUAUUGAAUAAAUUUAAACUUUAAACAAAAAAAUUCUGAUUCUAGUUUGUGAAAUUGAAAACAGGAUAAAAGUGACUUUUAGUGAAAACGGUUAAAAAUCUAAAAUUGAAUUAAAUUAAAAAUAUAAUUAGUAUCUUCAAAAUCAUGAUCAAUUAUCAUCUCAUAAUUUCAUAAUAAUCAAUAGUUAUAAAAAGUCAUGAUCAGCGUUUUUGUGUUUAGCUUCUGUUGUUAAUUAUCACCAUAUAAAUAAAGAUUGAUUGAAUCUCAUGUUUAUCAAUAAUUCCAAUAUUACCAAUCAUUCAUUUUCAUUAUUGAUUAAAUUAUGAAAAAUCUUAAGUGACAUUAAAUUAUUUUAACUAAAAGUUAAAUUUACCAAAUUAAUUUAUAAUAACGAGUUAUUUCAUAAUUACGAUCAUCUCUGCAGAUUAACUGACUUUAACUAACUGACUUAACUGACUUUAAUUAACUUGAUUUUUAUUUGUCAAUAAAAUCACUUUAAAGACUGAGCAGCAGGUUUAAACUCGGCUUAUUUUAAAUACAUAUAUUUAUAUAUUUAAAUAUAAACAUGAGAAAUAAAAAAACUUCUGACCAACAAAGGAUUUUUUUUUCUGAGUCAAAAAAAUUGUUCCUUAACAGAAAUACUAAUAAUUAUACAAUAAUUUAUAAUAAAUAAAAAUAAAUCAUUUAUUAAUUUGUUAUAAAAACAAUUAAAGGCAGAAAAGAUUUUAGUGAGAGAACAGAUUUUAUUCUAAAGUUUAAAGUUUUUAAUUAAAAUUAAAAAAAAACUUUUGUGGAUUUUUGUUUUCAGGUCGAUCAGCUGGGACGAUGACGAGGAUGAAGAGGACGGAGGGAUGAAGAUGGUGAAAGUUUUUUUUUUUUUCUUUUUACUUGAAAUCUUUAAAAAAUGUUUAAAAAAAACUGAAUAAACGACUUUUUCUUCAUUAAUUUUCCUGAAAGGAUCAAUUAGAUCAAUAUUUAUGAUUAUUACAGAUUUUGACUUGAACAGGUUUAAGGAUCAAUCGUCUGUUUCAGAGUUUUUAUUCUUUUUUUUUUAUUCUUUAUUUUCUCCUUAAACGAUUUUAAUGAAAAUCAGAUUUCUGUCCAAAUUUCAAUCCUGCCACUCUGAGAUCACAUGACCCUCUGACCUUUGACCCCGCCCACUGCUGAAGUUAUUGGCCAAUAAACCGUCACCAGAGAAGGUCGAGUCUGCGCACACACACACACAAACACACAGACCUGCACACACACAGACAUGCACACACACACGCACACGCACACACACACAGACACACUGAGACGUGCACACACACACACACACACACACACUGAGGCGUCUGCAGCUGCUUUAAAGUUUUAUAGCAGAGGGGUCAAAGGUCAGGUCCUCAUUAUUGUUAUUUCUGGUCGGGUUAUGAGACUCGGUGUCAGCUGGACGACUUUAAAUAAAGUUUUAUGGUUCAAAGUCACAAACAAGAUCGUCCAGCAAAGAGGGACUCUGAGGGACUCUGAGGGACUCUGAGGGACUCUAAGGGACUCUAAGGGACCGUCACAGAAUAACAUACAAAAACAGAAAAAAUGGAUCAAAUCAUCAAUCCUGAUUUUAUGAUCAAAGUCUGAAUCCUUUGAUGAACUCUUUAUUUAUUUAUUUAUUUAUUUAUUUGUUUGUUUGUUUAUUCAUUUCUUUAUUUGUUGGGUUAAAUGUCUUUUCCGAAGUUUCGUGAUGAACUGUUCGAAUCUGUUUGUCCAGCAGGGGGAGGACUACGAGUCGUCUGUGUCUCAGGAGAAAAAAGACUCGGAUCCUCCAAUCAGCAUCAAGGUCAAAAAUAGCGACCGUCUGUGAUUGGCUGAUUGAAAAAGUGCUGCAGCUAUUAGUCUGAUCCAGGAGUUAGUCUGAUCCAGGAGUUAGUCUGAUCCCAGUGUUUAAAUAUCCUUUAGUUUUAAAAACAUAAAUUAUUUUUUCUUAUUUAACAGGGUUAAUUCAUUAAUUGAUUUACUGAUUAAUUAAUUUUUCCAUUUAACAUAAAUUAUAUUUUUUUAUCAUUUUAUUAUUUUAUGAACCAUUUAAGCAGUUUUAGUUUAUUCUUUAAAGACAGAUUUAUUUCAAAUCAAUUUUCUUAAAUUAUUUUUAUAAAUGUAUUUUUAGGUUUUUUAAGAUAAUUAAUUCUCAUUUAAAAUUCAAACACUUUUUAAAAUCUUUUUACGUUUCUCUUUAUUCUCAUUUAUUCGACUGUAUUUUCGCAGAGGGAUAAAUCGGGUCGUCUUCUCCUCGAGACGCCCGACGAUCUCCAGAAUCUUCUUCUUCUCAGAAAAACGCAGAAAGAGCGAAAAGCUGCUGUGAGGAAGGCUGCAGCUCCCCCUGCUGUUCAGAUGGUGGUAAGACUUCGUCAGUUACUGUCCGUGUCGGAAAGAGUGAAAAAUGAAUUGAAUAAUGUCUGAUUUGAACAUUUCAGUUUAUUUAUUUAAAUUUAAUGAAAUAAAAAGAUGAAUUUAUUCACAGUGACGUUAGAAUCGUCAGAAUCAACAUUUACUGUAACAAAAUUUUAAAUUGUUUUACUUAUAAUUUAACUAAACUGCAUUAAAUCAAAACUGAAGAUCACAGCGAAACAUUAAUAUAAAUAUAUUUUAAUUUUUGUCUGAUAAAUAAAAUGAUUUUAAACAUUAAUAUUAAUAUAAUUUCUGUUUUUUUAACAAACAAAUAAAAUAUUUUAAAAAGUCGAUCUUUUUUUUUUUUUUUUAGCCGUAUUUUGUCGACGAAGACGAUUUUUUCAAAGCCUGCGAUCAGAAUCAGCUGCAGGUGAUUGACAGGUACCUGUCCACAGGUGGAGACGUCAACGCCCGCGACUCGGUGAGACGUCAAUCUCUGAUCCUAUUGGCUGAAACAAAACAUGGAGUAAUGGAUUAAUAUGUUCAUGAAUGGACGACUGAAUAUGGCAGAUUUAAAACUCAGUGUGUGUGUGUGUGUGUGUGUGUGUGUGUGUGUGUGUGUGUGUGUGUAGUUUGAGCACUCAGGUCUGCACAGAGCGUCCUCUAAAGGUCACACAGAGGUCAUCGUCAAACUUUUAGAAGCGGGAACAAACGUUCAUCUGAGAGACAAGGUGAGUCAGAAUUUAUCAUCUGUCUAUCUCCAUCUCUUUCGCUCUCCCUACAGUAUAUAUCCCUACUAUAUAAAUAUGUAUUUAAAAAUAAACAUUAUACACACACAAGACGAGGUCAAUCAGCUGAGGGACACAGAGGUACUGAAUUUUUAAAACCUUAUUUUUAUCCAGUAAAAAGCUCCAAGAAAAUCUGAAACCUGUUUUAAAUUUUCUGUAUUUAUUUAUUUUGUCUUUAUUUUUAUUGGACAGGUUUUAACCCCUGAGGGUCCGAUCAUGACCCAGUUUAAAAAAACAGGAGUGACAUUAUAUCCAGUUACAGACCAGUUUAUAUCCAGUUUUAAAACCAGUUUAAACCGGUUCUUACUGGUUCUUGCAGCUCCAGUCGACGUGUCUUCACUCGGCGUGUCGAGGAGGAAAUCUGAGUUCACUGAAACUUCUGCUGAAUCACGGAGCAAAAAUCGACGACAGAGACAAGGUGAGAGUACACAAAAUACUACCACUACUAAUACUAAUACUACUAAUACUACUAAUACUACUGAGAGUAUAACCACAACAACUGGUAUCACUGACAAGGUUCUCCUGUAUGACGUACUAAUAUAACCACUGUAUGUACUAUUACUGCAAAGACAGGAUAGUACUACAGAAAAAACACGACUUAUACUACCACUACUUCAAAAACUGCAUCUACAGAAAUCAAAGUACCUGAUUUUAGUACUAAGACCAGGACUAAGACCAGGACUAAGACCAGGACCUUCACAGAAACCACAAACAGACUCAAUGAAACGUCGUUUUUAACGUCUUCCAGUUUAAUCGGGACGUAAAAACUGUUGGUGGAUCCUGGUUCAGGGACUUGAUGGUUUCUUUGGUCCUAGAAAUAUGAAGUUCUGAGACCAGGUGAAAACUGAUCCAGAUCCAGGUCUCGGCUGGACUCACACAAACUGACAACACCACAGUCAUCAAAAAACUUCACAAUAAAUCACUUUACUACGUUUGUGUACAAAUACACAACAGAGGUGAGCGAACGCAGUUCUGUGGUAGAGGACCAGGAAAGGUCUGAUGUGGUUCUUUUGGACCAUCUGUGACCCGCUUGUUAAUACAUCAUUAAUCCAGCCCACAAGAUUAAACUCUGGUCCUCGGUUUGGGGUCGGAUCUUCUGGUCCGGCCUUAUUAAAGUCUGCGCCCCAGUUUGGUCCUCCAGUCCUCCAGUCUGGUCCUGACCACAUUUAACCAGUUUGAUCCAGUUUGAGUAACUUUUGACUGUUUUAAAAACUUUGACCACAGAAUUUAAUGUGUGUGUGUGUGUGUGUGUGUGUGUGUGUGUGUGUGUGUGUCUGUGUGUGUGUGUGUGUGUGUGUGUGUGUGUAGCUGGACAGCACUCCUCUUCAUGUCUCUGUGAGGACCGGCCAUUAUGACUGUGUUGAAUAUUUAAUUCACUGUGGAGCCGAAAUCAACACACAAGACAAAGUGAGUCACUCCAUAAUUAUAAUAUAAACAUACAGAUAUAUAUGUCUAUUUACAUAUAUAUGCAUAUAUACAUAUAUACAUAUAUAUGUAUAUAUACAUAUAUAUGUAUAUAUACAUAUAUACAUAUAUAUGUAUAUAUACAUAUAUAUAUAUAUAUUAAGGCUGUCAAAGUUAACGCGUUAUUGUCGCGUUAACUCAAGUGACUUUUAUCGCCACUAAUUUUUUUGACGCACGAUUAACGCAAACCUUAGUCUGGCUUGACCAAACUACACACACUGCGUGGAUAUUCUUGCCGUUGUAAAAGGGUAGAGGAACAGUUGGUGAGGUGUCCAGGCUAUGUGAGCCUCGGGGCACUCCGUAGUUUCGCGAAUCAGGAAGUAGAGCACUGACUGAUACCGCAGCAGACAUAAACAAAUCCCCGUGAGCAGUAACUAGGAUAUAAUGGAUAAGAAAACGAUUUUGAACGGAGAGUUCAGCUACAAACCCUUUCCAGAUGGCUCUCUGACAGGACAAAUGUCAUUUGUGUUUCCUGUCGAGCUGAAUUUAGUCACCGGAGUACGUCUAGUCUCAAAUAUCACUUGUCCGCCAAGUACACAGCUGAUGCAGAGAGCCCCGCGCCCCCCCGCGAUCAAUUUGCGAUUAAUCAUGAUUAAUUAUGAUCACAAUUCGAUUAAUCGCAAUUAAAUAUUUUAAUCAAUUGACAGCCCUAAUAUAUAUAUAUAUAUAUAUAUAUACACAUGUUUAUAUAAUAUCAUAACUGUGUAUAUUUCUGUUAGUUAUUACACUAAACACUCCCCUUCUCUCUCUAACAAACACACACACACACACACACACACACAAACGCUGCGAGAUUAUCAGGACUAUUUUAAAUAUGUGACAGAUGACGUGUGUGUGUGUGUGUGUGUGUGUGUGUGUGUGUGUGUGUGUGUGUGUGUGUGUGUGUUUCAGGAAGGUGACUCUCCUCUCCACGACGCCGUCCGUCUGAAUCGUUGUAAAAUUAUUAAAUUGUUGUUGAAACACGGAGCCGAUACGGACCUCAUAAACCAGGUAAAAAAACAGUUCUGGUUCAUUUCAUAGUUCUGGACUCUGUGGUUCUGGUUCAUUUCAUAGUUCUGGACCCUGUGGUUCUGGUUUACUUUAUAGUUCUGGACCCUGUGGUUCUGGUUCAUUUCAUAGUUCUGGACCCUGUGGUUCUGGUUUACUUUAUAGUUCUGGACCCUGUGGUUCUGGUUUACUUUAUAGUUCUGGACCCUGUGGUUCUGGUUCAUUUCAUAGUUCUGGACCCUGUGGUUCUGGUUUACUUUAUAGUUCUGGACUCUGUGGUUCUGGUUUACUUUAUAGUUCUGGACUCUGUGGUUCUGGUUUACUUUAUAGUUCUGGACCCUGGUUCUGGUUUACUUUAUAGUUCUGGACUCUGUGGUUCUGGUUCACUUUCUUCACACUCGUCUCUAAACAAACAAACGCAGAAUCAAUAAAAACAGAAAUAAAUCAAUAAAUCAAUAAAAAUGAGUGACGAUAAAAAUCUAAAUCUGAGCGUCUUUUUGGAAAUCCUGGACCCUGAAAUCCUGGACCCUGAAAUCCUCCUCUCUAAAGACUAGAGGAUCCACCAGACCUGUUCUUGUCUCCUGGUCCAAAUCUAGAAUCCCUGAUGGUCUGGGGAUCAUCAGAGUCCAGGUCCUGGUAUCUUCCUCAUCUGUAAAGUCUGAACUGGAUCUCCAGGUUUAGGACCAACAUCUUGGUCCAUCCAGACCAGGACUUCUUCAGAUAAAUCCAGAACCAGAUUCUGACACCAGCAUGGUUCUGUAGAAGAUACUGGACUGGUCCUGACUUAAAACAUCUGGACCAUCAAGACCCCAAAACCAGGACCAAGGAGACCCUGAACUGAAGCUGAAGUCCUCAAUCAGACUCCAGGACCUGGUCUAUUGGGUCCACUAAGGUCUACAGAGGACCCAGGAUGAGGAUCCUGAACCUGACCGACUUUCUAAAGAUUUUACGGAUUUAAAAUAAAAAACUUUUUUUAAAAGACGUUUUUUUCCGAUGUUUGUCUUCAGCAGGUUUUUUAUUUUAUUUGUCUCUGAAUUCUCUGAUUUAUUUUACAGUUUUUUUUAUCCUCCGUAUUUAAAGUCAUUUUCUCUGUUUUUUUUUUUUAAUUUAUUUUUCUUUCCAAGUUUCUUUAGUUUCUGGGAUUUUAAUUCUAAUUUAUUCAAAGUUUUCAGGUUUUUUGUCGGUAUUUACCGAACUUCUUCUCUUCUUCCUCAGGACGGAUGUCGUCCGCUGGACGGCGUGUUGGAGUGGCAGAACGAAACCAAGUCUCUUCUGAUCGAUCAAAACUCAAAGUGA